UAUUCAGCCGUCACUUUAUUGUGGUAUUUAAACCAUAUUGCUUUGCCAAUUGUAAUAUUUGCAUCUGUGUACGCGUUGCUUUUAGUGCUUGACAGUAAUCUUGCAUAAGGUUUUCGGUAGGUGUAACAUUUUCGAUAGUGACACCGUCCAUCCGUUGUCCCCGUUUUGUGUGGCCCGAGCUGGUAUCCGGUCCGUGGCCGCAGUGAUCGCCGCAGUUUUCUUCAAAUGGCGGACUGACAUGCCCCUCAGUGGUGUUUACGACGCCGUGCAUCUGCCGUGUGUCGUUUUGCAGCUCCGCUAGCGGCCGCCUUUGUGUUUGCAUCCGAAGCGGUCCUUUCUACAGGCCCCAACAAAUCCUCAGACUGGAGUGGGUGGCCGGCUGGAGGCCGUCCUUUAGCCGUGUAAGCUCAGUGCGGCGGCCGCUUGGCAGUGCUGCGGACGGCCGCCUCGUUUGGGGAGUGUGUGGGAGGAUAAAUAGAAAUGUGAAUAUGACGACGUGGAAACCGUUUUAGGUUCCCAGUUUUUAAACUAGCUGAAGGACUGACUCCUGCCUUGAUCUUGUGCCCCCGGACUGGAUGUGGGAGAGAUGGCUGGCUGGCUCUCUCCCCUCCUGAUGGUCCUGCUGUGGGCCUGGGUCUCCAGUAGCCAGGCUGGGGACUGUAAGGGCCAACGGCAGGUGCUCAGGGGACCUCCAGGGUAUGUCACAGAUGGGCCGGGAAACUACUCUGUCAAUGGCAACUGCGAGUGGCUGAUUAAGGCCCCGAGCAGCAGUUACAGCAUUGUUCUGAACUUCACCUUCAUGGAGACGGAGUGCACUUACGAUUACCUGUUUGUUUAUGAUGGCGACUCAUACCGGAGCCCCCUGCUGGCCAGCCUCAGCGGUACGACCCUGCCACAGCCUAUCGAGGCUAAGUCUGGCAAGAUGCUGCUGCACCUGUUCAGUGAUGCAAACUACAACCUGCUGGGCUUCAAUGCCACCUACUCCUUCUCGGUGUGCCCGGGAGCCUGCAGCGGGCAUGGGCGCUGCGACACACUAUCAGCCCACUGCCUCUGUCCUGAGGGCUGGGGGGGGCCUGACUGCAGCAGCCCGCUCUGCCCUCAUGUCUGCCCCCUGCACGGCUCCUGUGACAAGAAGGGUGAGCGCUGCCUGUGCAGCUCCGGUUUUGUCGGGCAGAGCUGCCAGCUGGGUCUCCGUGACGACAGCGGGGCAGGGCAGUGGUGGGAGGUCAGCGGGGGCGACGCCAACACGCCACGCCGCACGGCUGCCGCUGGGGUGUACCUGCCCUCCACUGAAGCCAUGUACUUGUUUGGGGGGUUUGACUUGAACAAGGCUCUGGGGGACCUGGUGAAGUACAAUUUCACAAGUAACCAGUGGGAGGAGGUGCAGCACAUGGUUACACCGGCGGCUCGACACUCCCACACGGCCGUCGAAUGGCAGGGGAAGAUGCUUGUGUAUGGCGGCGAGCUUGCCAAUGGCUCUCUAGCAGGCGACAUUUGGAUGUACCGCCCCCUGGAGGACAGGUGGGAGCAGUUUGGGAGAGGGGACCUUCCAGGGGCUCCCCUACUGGCGAACCAUGCGGCCGCUGUGGUGGAUGGCUACCUUUACAUCUUUGGGGGACGCACCCCAGAGGACAUGUUUUCCUCGAUUUUGUACCGGUUUGACCUGCGGAAACACCAGUGGGAGGUGGUGCAUCCGUCUGGGGGGAAGCCCCCGGCCACAGCGGGCCACUCCAUGGUGUUCCACCGGCCGUCCCGGACCCUGCUGGUCUACGGUGGCCACAGACCCACCACCGCCAGGUUCAGCGUGCGCGUCAACUCCACGGACAUGUUCCACCUGGACCGGCGCUUCUGGACCUCUCUGCGCUCCCGGUUCCCGGCCAACGGCCCCAGGGAGAGGGCAUUCCACUCUGCCACCGUCAUCGGCAACUAUAUGGUUGUGUUCGGUGGGAACGUGCACAUCCAUUAUCAAGAGGAAAAGUGCUAUGACGAGGACAUUUUCUUCUAUCACCUGGGCUGUCACCAGUGGGUCACUGGCGGGGUGGACCCCAUACAGCGAGGGGGCAUUGUGCGGGGACGAUACUCCCACGUUGCUGCGGUGAUGGAGGGCCGCCUGCUCCUGGUUGCUGGGGGUUACAGCGGGAUCGCCCGUGGAGACCUGCUGGCUUACAAAGUCCCGCUCUUCGUCAGCAGUGAUCCUGGAGACAGGGACGCUGUGUGCGCUGAGGCCCCUGAUGAGAGCUCAUGCCUGAAGAACCCCGAGUGCAGCUGGUGUGAAGGCCGUUGUCGCGAGUACCAGCCCACUGACCCGUGUGGCAGCACCGGCUGCCUGGGCCUGGCCCGCUUCCUGUCGGACUGUCAGUCGUGCCUGGUGUUCAGCGGGAGCCCGGCCUCGCUCCCCCGCGCCCCGGGGGAUUUUGGGUGGUGCGUGCAGAAUGAGUCCUGCUUGCCCGUCUCAGAGCAGAGCGCCUGCCGCGUGGACCAGAUCUCAGGGGCCUACGGCUGGUGGGGGGAGCGCACGCGCUUUCUUACCUUCUUCAAUUCCUGCCGUGCUGAGAACUUCGUCCCUGGGAUGCACCUGCUCACUUUCCAGCACCCACGCAACAACUCCCAGCCAGACAAGGUCUCCAUCUUGCGUAGCACCUCCAUCACUCUCAGCCCCUCCACCGAGAUGGACGUCACCCUGCAGUUCCGUGGCUUCAUCCACCCACUGUGGGGCUCCCCUCCCCCCGCACCCCCGACCACAGAGACGGUCUCCAUGUGGGCGCGCAUCCAGAGGCUCCACUUCAUGGCCCGCAUGGCUGCAGGGCCCAACUCCCUGAAACUGUCAGAUGUCAUUGGCCGCUGGGGGGCCCAACAGGAAAAGGAAAGCCAUCUGCUGGCUAGGCCCAGUGGAUUCCGUCUCUUCCAGAACCUGACCCGGGGUAACCGCUACCUGGUGGCGGCAGAGGGCUACCUUAACAACUCUGGGUCGGGCCACACCAGUGAGAUGGCCCUGACCUGGAACCGGACCGUCUUUCCUGGAGGCAGCGAGAUCUCCUUCCUCUUCCUGGAGCCGUACCGCUCAAGCUCCUGCUCAGAGUACUACUCCUGCCUGGCCUGUCUCUCAGAUCAGUCCUGUGGCUGGUGCCCCCCACAGAACCGUUGUCUGCUCCGCACCUCUGUGGAACCCUGCUUGGAGAUGUCUGGCGAGUUGGAACGCCACCUGCUGAUCACUCCACAGCACUGUACCCUCUGUGAGGACUACCGUGACUGCGCUGCUUGCACUCAGGACCCUUACUGCGAGUGGCAGAUCAGCUCCAGCAAGAAGGGUGACUACCAGUGCAGCAGGCGGGGAAGGCUGGAAGGAUCUAUCCGCGACUCGCAGGGGUGCCCCAAAGUGUGCAACCAAAGGAGGACGUGCGGAGAAUGCCUGUCCAACGCCAGCCAGUGUGCCUGGUGCGAGUCUGCCCAGGUCUGCUUCUACUUCGCUGCCUACCUCACCAAAUACCCAUACGGGGAGUGCCGAGACUGGUACGACAGCGUACACUCCACUCCACAGUGUAAGCAGUGCCCGGCCUUGUCCACCUGCACCGAGUGCCUGCAGACCUUCCAGUGUGGCUGGUGCGGGGAUUACGACAAUCCCACCAUCGGCAGGUGUCUGCGGGGCGACUGGGCGGGGCUUGCCGAUGACUCCGCCUUUAACUGCAGUAUCGCUGUAGCAGAAGUGAAGGCUGCGCGCCCUGAACCACAGACCUCGUCCCCCCCGCGCAUCACCGAGAUGGAGCUGGAGCUGGAGCACCUGGAGGGCCUCCUGGAAGGCCAUAAGGAAGCGGUUUGGUCAUACCCCUCGUGCCCAGAUGUGGAGGAGUGUCGGCUGGGCCUGCACCGCUGCCACCCCUUUGCCACCUGUGUGAACACGGCCACGGCAUACGAGUGCCACUGCGAGAGGGGUUACACUGGCGACGGCGUGCUGCACUGCAACCAGACCUGUUUCAACGAGUGUCGGGAAGGCAGGUGCAGUGGCAGUCCGCGGUUCGAGUGUGAGUGCGCCCUGGGCUGGACCUCGGACCCCUCCACCCUAGUGCUCAGCGGCGUCGAGUGCGAUGUGGAUUGUGGCUGCAACUUCCACAGCACCUGCGUCACAGCGCCGGGCAUCUGUGACCAGUGUCAGGACUGGACUUCAGGCCUGCAGUGUGAACAGUGCCGGCCAGGAAGCUUUGGCUCAGCCCUGGCGGGGGGCGAGGGUUGUGUGCCCUGCCAGUGCAACGGGCAUGGUGACCCCCUGCGGGGCUACUGCCACAACCAGACGGGGCUGUGCUACUGCACCCACAACACCCAGGGCCCACAGUGCGAGAGCUGUCUUCCAGGUUUCUAUGGGGACCCACGGAACAAUGGCACGUGUUUCCGCCAGUGCCAGGGCCGCUCAGUGCUGUUGUCCUCACCCUCCUCGCAAAGCCCGCUGCUGUCGGCCUCGCUGGGCUGGCGCGGGGGCGCCGGUGCGCAGGGCGGGCUGUCCCACUGCCUCUGGGUGCUCUCCGUAUCCAAGGACCUGUCACCUUGCCUCCCGGGGAAGCAGUGUCCGCCUGUGUCACUCAUGCUGCACCCAGACUCCCGCACACCGUGCCCUAGCUCCUACGUGUACGUUUUCGAUGGCCUCCCCAGAUUCCUUGGCAACGGGGUAGUGCAGUCUGACCACAACCUGAUUGGAGCAUUCUGCGGGACCACUCGCACGAUGCCUGUCACCGUAGAGGCAACAUCAGGGGUGAUUUCUGUGUACUUCGAGGCCAACGUCUCCUCCGGGCCGCCCCAGGGCUUCAACGCCUCCUUUUGGGUACAACGAUGCCAGGAGGGGCUGUUGGAGGACAACACCCCCUGCCAGGGCAGAGCGGAGUGCCGGGAAGGCCUGUGCCACUGUGCCAAGGGCUACGGAGGGCCGCACUGCGACAGGCUCCUGUGCCCAGCAGACUGUGGAUCCAAGGAGGGCCGGGGAAUGUGUGUCACUGCUCUUGGAAUCUGCCAAUGUUCGGAGGGCUGGGCCGGCCCUGACUGUGCCUCCCCCGCGGGCGUCAACAGCCUGUUGUGGGACAAUCUGCUGGAUACUCAGAUGAUGGCGAACCAGGCUCACAGGUUCCUGCAGAGGAUGGGUCAUUCUAUGGUCCCGGGCCCUCAGGGGACCCUCUGGAUGUAUGGGGGUCUUUCACUCACGGAGGGAAUGCUAGGAAAUGUCUACAGGUACUCUGUAUCCGAGCGUCGAUGGACACAAAUGCUGACUAGCAUUGUGGAAGACGGGUCGGCUCCCAGCCCCCGCUAUCACCACGCCUCUGCCCUCCUAACCAGCCAGGAAUCUCUAGCUGGCACCCAGGGAGUUAUGCACGGGGUCAUGCUGGUGGUGGGCGGGGUCACACAGAAGGGCGUUGCCAUGGACACUUGGGCCCUCAAUCUUAGCAGUCUUGUGUGGAAGGAGUUUAAGAGCUCAACACUGCCCCCUGUGGCUGGACACACCCUCACGAUGCGUCGUAGCACGACGGCCCUCCUUAUUGGCGGAUACUCUCCAGAGAAUGGCUUCAACCAUCAACUUCUGGAAUUCAGCCUGGACAGUGGGAACUGGACUGUUGCAGCACAUGCUGGGACGCCCCCUACAGGACUGUAUGGACAUUCGGCGGUCUACCAUGAGCAGACGGACGCCGUGUACGUCUUUGGCGGCUACCGCUUUCACGUGGAAUCGGUGGAGCCCUCAGGGGAGCUGUACAGCCUCUACUACCCCAACCUCACCUGGUCCCUCCUGGUCCCUUCCCAGGGCAACAAGCCCUUGUCGCGGUUUUUCCAUGCGGCUGCCCUGCUGAAGGACACCAUGGUGGUGGUGGGAGGCAGGACAGGAGAAGAGGAUUAUAGCAACAGUGUCUCUCUCUACCAGAUCAACUGCAAUACCUGGAUACAACCAGUCUUGGCAGUUGGGGAGCCUGUCAACAAGUCGGUGUCUCUGGCGAUGGUGGCGUGGGAGGGCCACCUCUUCCUGUCUGGUGGCUUCAACGGAGUGACACUGGGGCGCCUGCUGACACUGUCCGUGCCUGCUGACCCCUGCGGCCUGCUUCCCACCUCCGAGGCCUGCAACGCCACCACAGGGAGCUGUGUGUGGUUCAGGGGCAGCUGCACCUCCUCCGACACAGCCGAGAGGCUGGGCUGCGAGAACAUUCAUUCUCCGUGUUCCCCAACGCCUCGCCUGCCUGAUCAAUGCCGCCGGUUGAAGACCUGCAGCGAGUGCCUGGCUCGGCACCCGAAGACCUUCUCCAACUCCGCACAGCUGGCGCUCCAGUGCAAGUGGUGCACAAACUGCCCGGAGGGAGCCUGCAUCAACAGCUCCGUCAGCUGCACCUCCGAGCACGACUGCCGCAUCAACCAACGGGAGAUCUUUCUGUCCAGCAACUGCACGGAGACUAGCUGCGAGGCGUCCGACUGCCCCAAAUGCACUGCCUCGGGCAAGUGCAUGUGGACUCGGCAGUUCAAGCGCACAGGCGAGACUCGCCGCAUCCUCAGCGUAAACCCCACCUACGACUGGACCUGCUUCAGCUAUGCCCUGCUCAACGUGUCUCCCAUGCAGGUGGAGUCAUCACCGCCACUGCCCUGCCCUCCUCCAUGCCACCACCUGGGCACGUGCAGCCUCUGCCUGGGCUCACGGGGCUCCGACGGCGGCUGGCAGCAAUGCGUGUGGAGCGUGGCCCUACAGCAGUGCAUGAGCCCGUCCUUUGUCCCACUCCGCUGCGAGGCUGGACAGUGUGGCCGUUUGCUCACCAGGGGUGACUCCUGCUCACCCCAGUGCUCGCAGCUCACCCAGUGCUCCCAGUGCAUCGCCAGGCCCCAGUGCGGCUGGUGUGCCACCCGUGGGGGCAACGGGGCUGGGCGCUGCUUGCAUGGUGGCCUGGAGGGUGUGAGUGAGGACGUCUGCCCACAGUGGAACAGCAGCUGGUCCUUUCUGCACUGCCCAGAGGAGGAUGAGUGCGCCAACGGGCACCACCACUGCAACAGCACGCAGGACUGCCACGACCAGCCGCAGGGCUACAACUGCACCUGCAGGCAGGGCUACGUGCUCAGCAGCGUGUCGGGCCAGUGCGAGCCCGUGUGCAGCCAGGGUUGCGUGAACGGCACCUGUGUGUCACCGGGCGUGUGCCGCUGCCAUUUCGGCUUCGUCGGAGACAGCUGCUCGGCGCAGUGCCGCUGCAAUAAGCACAGUGACUGCGCCAGCCUGACCCAGCCCGAUGUCUGUCUGGAGUGCCACAACAACACCAUGGGCCAGCACUGUGAGAAAUGCAAGCCGCUGUUUGUGGGCUCAGCUUUGGGAGGUGGCAUGUGCCAGCCCUGCCGGAAGUUCUGCCAGGGCAACAGUGCUGUGUGCCUAUCCCGGGAGGAGCACAAGCAGGCGCUGGAGCAUCCCAGAGAGUUCCCGUUGGACCCUGAGAGUAUCACACAGUGGGUAAUGGAGGGCCCCACGGAGGUCAGUGCCGUGUGUGUCAACUGCCAGAACAACAGCGUGGGGGACAAAUGCGAGACCUGCCUCAGCGGCUACUUCUUGCUGCAGGGCAAGUGUGAAAAGUGUCAGUGUAACGGCCAUGCAGACACCUGCAACGAGCAUGAUGGCACAGGCUGCCCCUGCCAAAACAACACAGAGACUGCUUCCUGCCUGACCAGCUCUCAGAGCGACAGGAAGGACUGCUACAAGCAGCAGUGUGCUAAAUGCAAGGACUCCUUCAAUGGUACUCCGGUGAAUGGCCGUCAGUGCUACCGGCAGUUCAACGUGGACCAUGAGUGCUGCUUCGACCCCACCUCGCAGUCCAACUGCUUCCAUGAGCCCAACAUCCGCAACCUGCCACGUGGUCGCACAGUCUUCUUCGCGGCCCAGCCCAAGUUCACCAACGUGGACAUCCGUGUGACCAUCGACGUCACUUUUGGCGAGGUGGAGGUCUACGUUUCCAACUCGCACGACACCUUCAUUGUGGAGGUGAACCGGCAAACGGGCGUUCACAGCGUGAAGAUCGAGGACGACGCGCCUCGGGGGGAGGUACCCCCGUCUCCUAUAAAGCUCUACACCAACUCCAGCACGGGUCUUUCCCCACCACCACUCCCCAGCACUCCACUCCAGUUGCAGGCCAAGUCGCCGGCUGCAGAGCGGGAGAUCCGCGAGGAACGGGCCCAGGGCCUCAUCUCCUACAUCACUGUGUGGAAACCCCAGACAGUGCUCAUCGUGCGUGGUGUGCGUGACAGGGUGGUCAUCACCUUCCCACACGAGGUGCACUCACUCAAGUCCAGCCGCUUCUACAUUGUCCUGAGGGGCGUCGGCACCGAGGCUCAUGAUGGCCAGUCCCAGGGCCUCCUGUUCCUCCGCCAGGACCAGGCCCACAUUGACCUCUUUGUCUUCUUCUCCGUCUUCUUUUCCUGCUUCUUCCUCUUCCUGUCAGUCUGCGUGCUCCUCUGGAAGGUCAAGCAGUUCCUGGACUUCCGGCGGGAGCAGCGGCGACACAUCCAGGAGAUGACGAAGAUGGCAUCCCGGCCUUUCGCCAAACUCACAGUCUACCUGGAGCCUGAGGAGCCACAGCUGAUCUACCUACCAUCCUGCGGCAUGCCUGGCGGCCCCAUCUCUAUCUCUCACGCUCGUACGGGCAAGCUGGGCGGAGUCAUGAUGGGACCGCGUGGACGGCCGGGGGGUGUGUCCUACAAGCACGACCCCGCUUCUGGCCCCGCCGGUCACCAGCUGCACCACUUGUCCCUCAGCGGGGGCAACAGCGGCCAGCAUCUGCCCCUCCACUACCUGAACACUCAGCACUAUGCUCCCACCUUGGCAGGAACCCCCUCCUCGCACCUGCAGCACCACCCAUCCUCCCACAGCGGCUACCAGCAUUUCUGCCGCUCUGACCCCUUCCUCUCGCAGCUCCUGGGCUUCUCCUACUCCUCCUUUAAAGUGGGGCCCAUCACUCUGGAGCCCACCGACGAUGGCAUGGCUGGGGUGGCCACGCUCCUUAUCCAGCUGCCUGGAGGCAUCUUGGCACCCAAUCGGGCCUGCCUGGGUUCGGCCCUGGUCACGCUACGGCAGAAUCUGCAGGAGUACUGCGGCCACGGCAGUGGGGGGGCCCACCCGGGGGCUGGCGGUGGCCGCAAGGGACUCCUGGGCCACCAGCAUCUCACCACCAUGGCCAUGUGAAUGGGAAGGAAGAAUACAAAGAUGACUGAUUGGAAAGGAGGGAUGGACGAUGGGAGAUACGUGGUGGUGAUGAAGGUCAUGAUGAUGAAGAGACGAUGGGCAGUAUAUGCUGACUUGUAUGGGCCAGUUCAAUGAGACCCCUGAUUGUUUGUAUAUAAUGUAUUAUAGGAGGUUGACUUGUGUUUUGACUGUCACAAUACUUCACAUUUCCCCAACCAAACUAUCUCUGAUUGAUCACAUUGGAAUCACCCAGUAGCCAGAGGAGAGGCAAAAGCAUGGUGGACAGCCAGUGGGAGGCCACGGGAGAAGGUAUGGUAGUAUAUGAAGGGAAUGAGAACCAACGUGCUUUAUUUAUGAAAGUGACAAUCAUGAGAGUGCUGCCGAUUUGGCUCCAGGGAGAACACAGGUGCAUGGUGACCAGUCUGACAUGAUAAACACACCAACAAAGUUAAAUGGACAUUUAAGUGAGAACUGAGAGCUUAUGCCUUUGAGAAUAUCAAUAUUUAUAGAAUUAGGCUAAUUUUUUUUACCUAGAGGUAUGAGAAUACAGCCUUUUUGUGAAACCCUAGAGAAAUUAUGUCAGUCAUUAAAGGUGGCGCAUGUGUGCAGUACUACACCUUUACUAUGAAACAUAAGUGAUGUGAAAUGACGUCUGUUUUCACAUUAUAAUGAUCUAGGAGCUUUUCAUUCAAAUGCAUUUGGCCUUUUCUUGUAGACAAAAUGUGUUAUUUGUCUCAAGUAUAUUGAGUCACCAGUUGUACUUUGCUUUUUGGCAAUGGUUCCAUUGAUGGCUGAAGUUUUGUGAUACGAGUUAUUAUGUAAAGUGAGUGAGGUUAGAUUUCUGCCUUUGCAGCUUUGGGCUUGUUCACACAUCGCGCCAUUCUCUGUCGGAAGGUCCAGAAGAAACCUUCGCUAUCUGUCAAUCCCGCUUUAUGCCUUUUUGUGGAGGUCUUUUAUUUAUGCAUAAAAAUGUCAUUAUUUUAUACUAAAUGACUGCUUGCUCUGCAUGUUUCACUGCUGCAGUUAAGAACAGAAUAUUCGGAAGAUUUCUUUAUAACUGCCUCAUUUAAAGUCAGGGAUAAACUUUGGAAUGACUGCAACCUGGUAUGAUUAGGGGUUCUGUAGGUUGGAGUAAUAUUUAUUAAAUGCUCCUGAUUAAAGAAAGAAAGCAACUGACUUAAACACUAGAAGAGAACCUUCAGUAUUGUCUGUUAAGAUUGUUAUAUUUAAUUUUUUUAUUUAUUGUACGUCUAAACGUUGACUGUGCUGUACGAGCGCUCUCAUUUAAUCCUGGAUUGCAACCUGUGAUCGAUAUUACUUGCACAACACUCUAUGAUGUAAUUGAACCAAACAGUAGGCUUAUAUCACUUCAUGGCUCUGUUACUGCAUGAAGUACAGUGUUUUGGAGACAUGUGUAAUGCAUAAAUAAUCAUUUACAAUUUUGUUUCAGACAAAAAGUAGCAGAUUACCUACAUUUAAAGAUGGGUGAGCAUUUGCUUUGUGAAGUCAGUUUUCUUAUUAAACAUUACUGACAAAUGUA